AUGCAGGUCAAUUCGUGUUCAUCGUUGCUAUGGCCCACCGAACCUUUCUCCCUCGACGUUGUGACAGGUAUCAGACUAGAAGAAAGAGCUGGAAGAGAAGAAGAAGAGGAACUCAUUAGUUUACAACCGCUAGGUGCGGAUAUCACAAGAGAUAACACCAACUGGACUUGGAGAAAGGCUCAUAGGGCACCAAAGAAAGGAGAUAAGAUGAAGUUUGGUACUCUGCUGGAGCUGAACAGCAAUAUCGAAUGGUGGGAUUGCUACGUGGACUAUGAUGCGCUGAAGAAGCUUUUCCCUUCCAAUCCACUUGAUCCCACUUACCAUUCUACCGCUCAGGAUAGUGAAACCUCCUCUAUCCUUCCGUUACACCGUCGUAAAAAGGAUAAAUACGCCAACCCUGAAGACUUUAAGAAGGCUUUAGACAAAGAGAGAAACAAAGUAACCGAGUUCUACCAUACAAAGUUAGAAGAGGUAUUCCGAUCAUUUGAAUUGUUGGAGGAAGAGGUAGCGGGUUUGGAAGAAAGAGAUCUGGGUCAAGAUGAUACUAUUAAAGAAGUCGAUGAGGAGGAUGAAGAUGGAUUGAAUGAGGAACCUAGGGAAACUGAUGGACUCAUGAGUCCUACCAUGUCGCAAACUGUCACCAGAUCACCUACGAGAAGUAGACAAUCUAUCGUCGGUCGAUUUGGAGGUGGGUUGAGGAGAUUCGGUAGACGAAGAAGCGUGAUGAAUAAUCCGGAUGAGGCGGACUUACUCGAAGCCUCCAUGAGACCAAGGGAGAGAAGCUCGAAUCGUGGACAGAACAGACCUGGAAUGGGUGAUUCAAUGACCAGUAGCUAUUUCGAUGAAUCUACUCCAGCCAUCUCACCCAAUCCCGGAAAAGUCCCCUUACCUAGAAAACCACGACAUUCGUCAGACCUGGAAUCGUCAACUGACGAAUUAGGAAUGGGAGCUUCCACCCAGGAUCGACGAACUUCCUUCUCAUCCGUUUCAUCACACGAAGGUGACUUCUCAUGGCCCAGAAGAAGGUUCCAUUCGUUAGGUCUGGUUCAGAUGGACCCUGCUACCGUCCCCCAAUGGGCAUUACCCAGAGUCCCGCACGAUGAAGAGGAAGGUGGAGAGGGAGGAGGAAACAGUCACGGCUUCGCCGGACCUAACGCUAGAAGACCUGUGUUUAUCUGGACGGCAAAUAACGAUUAUGGAACUGUCCUCAGAAUCGGAUUCAAGAAGCGAAUUAGCUCAGUAUGGUUGGAAGCUUAUGCGCUGAAACAAUAUGUUGAUUUGAAUAUGACUGCGUUCGAGAAGAUCUUGAAGAAGUACGAUAAAAAUACCAAUAACAAGAUGAAGAAGCAAUAUAUCACUGAUGAAGUAUUAUCAAAUUCACCCUGGACAUCCGAAGCGAAAGAGGAACUGGACCAAUUAUUAGCAAAGAUUUUGUUCUUGUAUAGAAGAGUCGCUGCAGCGGGUGAUGAAGAUUUGGCUAAAGAACAAUUAAGAUCCCAGUUGAGAGAAAAAGUCGUCGUGGAUAGAGAAACAGUUUGGUCACAAAUGGUUUCGGGACAUAACAAGAAUACUGGAAUUUUCAGAUCGGUAACACCAGAAGAUCUACCUUCUUCAUUUGAUACUACGAAGGAUUCCUUCAGAACCCCCUUGGGAAGAUUUAGGAAACCUCACUGGUUGACAUCAAGAGUGGUCAUACUCAGUAUCGCAUCUGCGAUCUUAUUAGCUAUUGUGCAUAUUUCACCUAUGGAAGGUGUAGAAGAAAGUAAUUGUUUGGCAAUGUUAAUCUUCUGUACGAUCCUUUGGGCAACCGAGGCUAUCCCGUUGUUUGUCACCUCCCUCGCUGUCCCGUUGCUUGUUGUGUUCCUGCGUGUACUUCGAUCUGCCGACGGGGAGACCCGUCUUUCGGCAGCGGAUGGUACAAAAUACAUCUUCUCUCAGAUGUUCUCACCAACGAUCAUGCUGCUCAUUGGUGGUUUCACCAUCGCCGCUGUACUGUCCAAAACCCGUCUAGACGUCAUGACUGCGUCCAGAAUCUUGAAUGCUGCUGGUACCAAACCCAGUGUCGUCCUUUUGGUUCUCAUGUUCGUGGCUACUUUCGCCAGUAUGUGGAUCAGUAAUGUCGCUGCUCCGACACUUUGUUAUGCUCUGAUCAAGCCUAUCACGGAUGAACUCCAUCCCAAAUCUAUGUUCUCCAAAUGUUUGAUCAUCGCCAUCGCCUUAGCAUCCAAUAUCGGAGGUCAAGCUUCACCCAUCUCAUCGCCUCAGAAUCUCAUCUCUCUAGGAUCAAUGGAUCCACCCUUAUCGUGGCCACAAUGGUUUGCGAUCUCCUUACCUGUCGCUUCCUUGUCUGUAGUAACGAUCUGGGCAUUCUUGCAUAUCAACUACAAAUGGGAGAACGACCUCAGUAUACCUAAGAUGAGAAAGAACACCGAUAGUCUCACGACCACUCAUUGGUAUGUCCUUGUCGUCAGCGGUAUAACCAUCGCUUUGUGGUGCGCGGAAAAAUCAAUGGAAGGUAUCGUGGGCGAUAUGGGUAUCAUUGCGAUUAUACCCUUGUUGGCUUUCUUCGGUACAGGUAUCUUAUCAAAGGAAGAUUUCCAUUCUUUCCAUUGGUCGAUCGUUUUCUUAGCUAUGGGUGGUAUAGCUUUAGGAAAAGCUACGUUAUCUUCUGGAUUAUUGGAUGUAUUAGAUGAAGUGCUGGAAAGAAUGGUUCAGGGUUUAAGUUUAUACUCGAUUUUGAUCGUUUUCUCAUUAUUGGCUCUGGUGAUCGCUACCUUUAUCUCGCACACCAUCGCAGCUGUGCUUCUCGUUCCUAUCGCCACCAGGAUUGGAGAUUCCUUAGACGAGCCUCACCCCAGAUUAUUGAUCAUGGCAACAGCAUUGAUCUGCUCAGCGGGUAUGGGCUUACCCGUCUCUGGAUUCCCAAACAUGACAGCAAUCACACAAGAGAACAAAUUAGGCCAACGAUUUAUCGGCGCAUCUGAUUUCUUGAAGAACGGUGUACCGGCUUCGGUAUUGGCUACGUUCGUCAUUGUUACGGUUGGAUAUGCGAUAAUGAGGAGUUUAGGUUUGUAG